UUUGUUUUGAAUCUCAGUUAAUUUGUAAGUGAUAGACACUGGUGAAAACCUGUUACGUUAAGAUAAAGAACUAGGAAUUGAAAUGAACAUUUUGGACCCUCUAGAUGGCCUCCACGUCUGAAACCGGACUGCAAUUGUUCGCCCGUCUGAUCUCGAGACCCAGUCUACUCGGACUGGACAAUGUCCUGUUUCCGGACGGUCCAAACGCCAAAGAGGUGAUAGAGUUGAGUGGCGAACCGUCUUGCGGGAAAACUCUACUGUUCAGCCAGUUCAUCGUGAAGUGUAUCUUACCGAAGGAGGUGGGCAGUGUCCGCGUUGGAGGAUUGAGUACGGGUGUCGUCCUGUUGAACACGGACCACCACUUCCAGAUGUACAAGAUGGUGUCUCUGAUGGAGGCGCACCUGAAGGCAGCCAGUGAGAAGUUCUCUGUGUCCGAUGUUGAGAACAUCGUCAAGGACUCUCUGGACAGACUGGUCAUGUACAACAUCAGCGACAGUGCUCAGCUGCAAGUCACCUUCCACGCGUUGCACGGCGUCGUGGCCAACCAGCCGGAGAUCGGACUCAUCCUGCUGGACAGCAUUUGUGCGUUUUACUGGCAGGACUCCAUGGCGUCCGGCAUCCGGAAGAUGGACCUGUACGCCAAAAACGUCCUGAAGAUGAUGCAAAAGACUUUGAGUGAUUUUAAAGGUGUCAUCAUGUACUCCCGACCUGAUUACUUUCAGUCGAAAUCCGGCAAAGCGGAGAGAUGCAGUUCGGACCUCACUGUGGGCUGUGUUAAUAGAAAAAUAAUCCUGAAACGGACUGUGCAGGAAAAUAUAUUCAAUGCUACCAUUGAAACCGCUGCUGGACAAGAAGUAAAACUGUACACGAUUGAUCCAGCCGGGAUUCAUUGGGUUAAAACAUAGUUGUGUAAAGUACUUUUUACAAUGUAUAAAUUAUAACAUUAAUAUAAUGUAAAAAUAAUGAACUUUUAAUCAACCUUUGUUUGCAAUAACUACAAACAGUUGUGUUCCAACACAAGAAAUAAUUAACAGAAGUAGAAUUAGUUAACUCAUAUUGUGAUAACAGUGCAAGGACUCAUGCUUACUUAUUGUGCAUGUAUAACACUUGCUCUUUCCUCUAAUCCAGUGCUAAAAUGUUAGAAACAUUAUUAACGCUGUGGAAUUUUAAUACUUUUAUGGCUUUAAGUAUUAAUCCUACUAGCAGUGUAAGAGUUUAAUUCGGUGACAUGGAGUGAGUGUAUUUGAGCGGUGCAUUAUUAAAUUGAACUCUGCUGUGUGUAUUAUUUAUUUAAGGAUAAUAAAUUGUUCAAGCAU